UCCUUAUCAAUUCAUGACACUUUAAACCAAAAAAUCCGUUCAACAUGGUAUUGUUGGGCAUAUAAACUCUUUCGGUUAUGGAGAUUCUUACAUGAUGAACCAACAUGAUAAUUUUGAAGCUAGUUUUACUUUUAACUUCUCUGGUGCUUCAUUGCUCAGGGGUAGAGAGAGAUGUUGUUUUCGUUCUGGACAAAUCAGGGAGCGUAAGGCAGGACGGUUUCAAUGAAGCUGUAGAUUUUGUUUACAACGUGACAAAAUGGCUGACGAUAGGUCCGUCCAACAUACAGGUUUCGGCCGUCUCCUAUUCCUCGAGCGUACAAACCCUGUUCGAUCUGAAUGAAUACACCAACAACCAAACCUUAUUGGACGCCAUUUUAAAUUUGAAAUCCAUAUCAACGGGAGGGGGUACCUACACAUUCGACGCACUUAAUCACGUGAGGACGAACGUACUGACGUCAUCAGGCGGUGCUCGCUCGGGAGUUCCUAAAGCGGUGGUGGUUUUGACUGACGGACUUUCGGCCAAUGCCAUUUUGACGAAAACGAGAGCGCAGGAACUACACGCUGACAACGUUGAGGUUUACGCUAUAGGGAUCGGGAACGCGGCCGUUACCACUAACACAGAACUCUCCGACAUUGCCAGCGACCCCGAUUCUUACUACUUACACACUGUCGAUAUGUUCCAGUACCUUUGUGCUUUGGUUCCUGAGCUUGUACCCAAGCUAGAUAACGACACUCUGAACUCGGACUUUUUCCGGUGCCCGACUCCAGCUCCAACCACCCAACGACCUCUGACCUUUUUGAACAAAACCAGCAGUGACGGAGGAGAUUCCACAGCUUCCGGUGGCGAUUCGUCUGUGGCGGCCGCUGCCGGUGGUGCGGUGGGAGCGGUGGCUGCAGUGGGGGUGGCAGCGGCGGCGGCUUAUGGAGCGGUGCAGUACGCAAACUUGUUAAAGGCACAGGCACCGAAUGCAUUCGUGGAAUCCAUUGUUGCCCAGUACAAAGAUGCACCACUAGGACAGGGUAAAGCCCAGUGUAAAUACAAGUUCGAAUUCUCCGGAAUACCACAAGGACCCAUCACGACGUCAAAGCCCCCAGCGGUGACAGCGUGGUCCUAACCGUGGGGUCUUUAUUUGUGCAUGAUUAUUUGUCUUUUGUGUCGUACUCUAGGCUCAUUGUUUUUAUUGCUGAAAUUGUUACAAGAUAUUGAUGAUUUAAUUUCUCUGAGACCUAAUGCAUCUGUUAAUGGGUUAAUUGAUGUUAAUAAAAGUGUUGUUACAUUUAA